AUGAUGUCGACGGCAAGCAAAAUUCUAGCAAUAUUGCGAGAGGCGAUGCGGAAGCGCUCCCUCAGUGCUCUUAUCAUUCCCUCCAGUGAUCCUCAUAACAGUGAGUACGUCAAGGAUGAGUACAAAUGCCGCGCCUACAUAACAAACUUUAAGGGAAGUGCUGGCACGUGCCUCAUCACAAUGAAUGAGGCAUACUUAUGGACAGAUGGUCGCUACUGGCUUGAGGCAUCGCAAUCUCUCUAUCCGGAGUGGACGUUGAUGAAAGACGGCCACCCAGAUGUCCCAAAGCUAGAGAACUGGAUUCAGUUGAACCUGGGCUCCGACGUGCUUGUGGGGAUGAACAACCAUCUAUCGACCGUUGCCGAAUGGGAGCGACGCCGCAAGAUGUUCAACCUGGUGCCAGUGCCGGAGAUGGUGCAGCCUUUAAUGCCUCUCGUGGAAAACCCCGUCUCAAAUUUAUAUGCCCGUCCGGAGGAAUUUUGCGGCAUGCGGUGUGGGGAAAAGGCGGCGGCGUUGAUUGAAGAAAUGGAGCAACAAAAGUGUGACGCGUUGGUACUUUCUGCACUGGACGAGGUUGCGUGGCUUACCAACUUGCGGGGCUCGGAUGUUCCCUUUAAUCCUGUUUUUUACGCAUACGGCGUGCUGCGGCGCUGCUCCCCGCCCAAAGUACACCUCUUUGUGGACGCCGUCAUGAGCGAGGAACAGGGACCGUCACUGGAGUUGCACCCGUACACCGCGUUGGAGUCCUAUCUCCGUACAAUCCCAGCCGGUACUACCUUUCUUUUGGACGAGCAUCAGACGAGUCAAUGGCUGUUCACGCUGUUGGAGUCUCUUGGGAUGCGGAUAAAAAGGGUUGCGUGUGGCCCGGCACAAAAGUUAAAGGCUGUCAAAAACGCUGUGGAGAUUGAGGGUUUCCGCCGCUGCCAUGUACGUGAUGGAGUGGCCCUCACACGUUACUUGGCGUGGUUACACGAUACGGUGGCUGUGAAAGGCGACACAAGCGUCACGGAGUACAGUGCUGCCCAACGGCUAGAAGACUUCCGGCGUGAGGGAGAACACUUUGUGCAGUUAAGUUUUUCCACCAUCUCUUCGGUCGGUCCCAACGCUGCCAUUGUGCAUUACGUCGCACCACGUGAGGGCUCCGCAACGAUUGUGCCGGAUCAAUUGUAUCUUGUGGACAGCGGGGCCCAAUAUCUUGACGGUACGACCGACGUCACGCGAACUGUUUGUUUUAGGGAGCCAGGAGACAAGGAACGCGAGGCGUACACGCUCGUUCUCAAGGGGAACCUCGCGCUCCACAGCGCGGUGUGGCCAACUGGCACAAGUGGUCAUUCUCUUGACGUGCUGGCGCGUGCGGCGCUGUGGAAGUGCGGGCUGAACUAUGCACAUGGUACGGGUCACGGGGUUGGUUCAUUUUUGAAUGUGCAUGAGGGACCACAGGGCAUUGGGUUGCGGCCGACGCCGACUGAGGCAACGCUAGCGGCCGGGAUGGUGAUGUCGAAUGAGCCUGGGUAUUACAAGGACGGUGAGUUUGGCAUCCGCAUAGAAAACCUCGAGCUUGUUGUUGAUGUUGCCACGAAACAUAGCAAAAAAGGCUUUUUGACAUUUGACACACUCACCAUGGUGCCAUUGUGUCAUGAACUCAUUGAUGUAUCAGCACUGACAGAGGCGGAGCGGCAGCAGGUGAAUGCAUACCAUCAAACGGUGAGGGAAACCCUUCUUCCACACCUUCGCCGGUGCAAUGACAGUUGCGCAAUUGCGUACUUGGAGCACCACACAAGAACGCUUUAA